AGGGACUCCUAAUCCUCGUCAUCCUCAAGGUGUGUGGACUCACUGGUGCUGUCCCUCACGUCCUGCCAGUUCUCCUCAUAAUCUGUCCCUAUGCUCUUUUUCCCAUCACGGAACUUCCCCUCCCCGCCAGCAGGAAGUGCUUUGUCCUCCAGGGAGAGCCGGCUGCUGUGGUAGCUCCUAGGGUUCAGGGUGGUGUCGCUGGUAGGCUGGAGCUCCACUCUGGAGUCUGACAGAGCAGCGGAAAAGGGAAAGUCAAAGAUACACACUCCCAGUCGCCUCACCCAGACACCCACGGAUAUUGUUACAGUUAUAUCAGUGCAAUGGAGUUAUUCAAGGAGGCAGUGGAUUACCUUGAGACACAGCAUAUCCCAGUGGAGGCUGUAGGUGGUACAGGGCCUGAUCCACUGGAGGAUGAUGUGUUUCCAGAGGAGGAUGUGUUCUCCCCCCUCCAGACAGACAGCAUGGACCUGCCCGACACCCCCGUCCUGCGUACCCUGGAAGAGAUGCUGGUUAGGAGGCUCAUGGUCCUGAGAACGGUCCUGGACAGUGAGAAGAUCUACCUCAAUGAGCUAGAGACACUGUUAAUGCCUAUGAAGGCCUUGAAGGCCACAGCAGGGACGUCUCAGCCAGUUCUGUCCAGCCAGCAAGUCCGAACUGUGUUCUAUCAGGUGCCUGAGCUCAGAGACCUGCACAGAGACUUCUACACUUGCCUGAGGGACCGCCUGGGGCCGCUGGGGCCACAAAUACACCCAGAGACAGACCCGAGGCAGGGGCCGGGGAAAGAGCAGGGCCAAAUGGGCUUCCACCUAACUGUUGGAGACCUCUUCCUUAAGAUUGUGAGCCAGAUAGGUGUGUAUCGUGGUUUCAUAGAUAACUAUGAGAGUGCUGUGGAGAUCGUGAGGAGGUGUACUCAGACUGACAAGCGCUUCAGAAUACUGGCUGAGAGUAUGAUGUUUUAUAAUGGAUCAGACAAAUCUAAGACGGAAUACACCUUUGAGGCUCUGCUGUACAAGCCUCUGGACAGAGUCACCAAGACAACCUUAGUGCUGCAUGACCUGCUGAAGCACACUCCCCAGACGCAUGGUGACCACCCCGUGCUGCUGGAGGCUCUGAGACUGUCCCAGAGCUUCCUGUCUGGGGUCAACGAGGGGUCACAGUGCAAACAAGAGGUCACCCUCAGCAGGGGCAUGCGGCGUCAGCUGAUGCGUGAUGGCUUCGUGGUGGAUGUGUGUGAGGGGGGGCGUAACCUUUGCCAUCUCUUCCUGUACACUGACCUGCUGCUAUGCACCAAACUCAAGGGCGGGGCCCAAGGUAAGCAGGCCCAGUACAGGUUCUGUUGGUACCUGCCUCUAGCUGGACUGAAACUCCGCUGGGGACCAGAGAUGGAGCGCACCACAGACACACACCAGCGCAUACACACCAUGAGAGCUAAGAUGUACGUGCUCAGACACGAACUGCGACAGAUCAUGAAGCCUGUCCCACUGAAGUCCUUGGCCGCUCGAACUUCAGAGCGAGGCAGGAAGAAGAUGGAGCACCUUGAACUGAUGUUUCUCACACAGUCUCCCUUCCUCCCCCUGGAACUACACAGCCCCAGCGGCAAGAGCCAUACUCUGGUGAUGUCAUCUCUGUAUGAACUAGAGGAGUGGAGAGAGGCCAUCCACAGACUCACCGGAGAUAACAUAGAAACGGUUCCUCCAGAUCUGCUCACCUUGACCAGCUCCUGUGUUAAACUGAGAAUGACCCAACAGCCUCCCCUACACGGCAUACUGCCUCAAAGUGAGGAGGAGUCUCUAUGUGGGACUCUCAGUGUAGCCAUUCACUCUGCCUGUGGAUUACAACAGCCAGCCAGUGUGUAUGUGUGUGUGGAGGUGGAUGGCUUUGAGUUCUAUGAGAGCCAAGCCCAGACCCAUUCCUCUGUCAGCAGCCUCAGCCCUCACUGGGACCAGGAGUUCUCAUUCCAGGUGGAUGGGGCUCAGAACCUCAGGGUGCUGGUUGUGUUACAGCCAGAGGUAGGAAAGAUCUGUGAGGGCCAAGUCCUUGGCAAGACCUCCAUACAGCUGGACCCAGCCCUCCUACAGAAGCGAUGGAGGAGACAGAAUGUAUCUCUAGGCCAGGUGGUUGUGAGUCUGUCUCUAAAGUACUACCCUCACCCUCUAGACCGGCCCAGUCUGGCCCCCGCCCAGCAACAGCGCAUCUUCUGCAUGCCCAUUGGAGAUGUGGCACAACAGGAGGGAGUCCUGGUGCCACAUGUGGUGCGUUGCUGUGUAGAGGAGGUGGAGAGGAGAGGAAUGGAGGAGGUGGGCAUCUACAGGCUAUCAGCAGCUACCAGUGACAUCAACAACCUCAAGACUGCCUUCAACACCAACCUGCGUGAGGCAGUGUCCAGGUUGAGGUGUGUAGAUGUGAAUGCUGUCUCAGGUAUACUGAAGCUCUACUUCAGGGAGCUGCCGGAACCCCUUAUACCUACAGAGCUGUUUCAGAGCUUCACCAAGGCGUUGGACAUCCCAGACCUGAGCUCCAGGAGUGUGUCCAUGUUGUCUCUGCUCCAGUUCUGUCCCUCCGUCAACCAAAACACCUUCCUGUUCCUCCUCCACCACCUCAAACGAGUGUCAGAUAGACAGGAUGUGAACAAGAUGCCUCUAAUGAACCUGGCCACUGUGUUUGGUCCCAGUCUACUGCGCCCCCCUGUGGCUGUUCUGGGGCAGAGCAGCCCGCCAGUGGACAUUUCUCAGGAGGUGGUGGUGCAGGUCCAGGUUGUGUAUUCCUACCUGCAGUGUGACAACCUGCCAGCAGCCCAGACCUGCUUACCACAUGACACAGCGACCACUGAGGAGGAUUAGACAACCAGCAAGUGAACCAACUCCUGGAAACCUCACGGUUGGCCAACAGAAACUAAAGGGAGAAAAAAAAGAAGACUUGUAAACUACAGACACUGUAAAGAUUAAAUUUAUUUAUUUGGGUUGACA